AUGUCAAACAGCAGCUCCAUCACUGAAUUCCUCCUCCUGGCAUUUGCAGACACGAGGGAGCUGCAGCUCCUGCACUUCACGCUCUUCCUGGGCAUCUACCUGGCUGCCCUCCUGGGCAACGGCCUCAUCCUCACCGCCGUAGCCUGUGACCACCACCUCCACACCCCCAUGUACUUCUUCCUCCUCAACCUCGCCCUCCUCGACCUGGGCUGCAUCUCCACCACUCUCCCCAAAGCCAUGGCCAAUUCCCUCUGGGACACCAGGGCCAUCUCCAAUAAAGGAUGUGCAGCUCAGGUCUGCUUUUACUUAUGCUUUUUUGAUGUAGAGUAUUCCAUUCUCACCGUCAUGGCCUAUGACCGCUACGUGGCCAUCUGCAAGCCCCUGCACUAUGGGACCCUCCUGGGCAGCAGAGCUUGUGCCCAGAUGGCAGCAGCUGCCUGGGGCAGUGGGUUUCUCAAUGCUGUGCUGCACACGGCCAAUACAUUUUCCCUGCCCUUCUGCCAAGGUAAUGCCGUGGACCAGUUCUUCUGUGAAAUCCCCCAGAUCCUCAAGCUCUCCUGCUCAGAUGCCUACCUCAGGGAAGCUGGGGUUAUUGCUUUUAGCCUUUUCUUAGUUUUUAGUUGUUUUGUUUUCAUUGUUUUCUCCUACAUGCAGAUCUUCAGGGGCGUACUGAGGAUGCCCUCUGAGCAGGGCCAGCUCAAAGCCUUUUCCACAUGCAUCCCUCACCUGGCCGUGGUCUCCCUGUUUGUCAGCACGGGAAUGUUUGCCUAUCUGAAACCCCCUUCCCUCUCCUUCCCAGCUCUAAAUCUGGUGGUAUCAUUUCUGUACUCAGUUGUGCCACCAACGUUGAACCCCCUCAUCUACAGCAUGAGGAACCAGGAGCUCAAGCAAGCAGUGAGGAAGGUAUUUGAAUACAUCCUUCUUCGGCAUUAA